AUCCAAAAAUCAGAUAGAAUAAAAUUCAACAAGAAAAGUUCUUUUAGAGCCAACAAAAAGAAAAGCUUGAAGAUUAUUGCGAAUGGAGUAUUCCAUUCGAUAUCUAGAGCAUUCUUCUUUUGUAUCGAAUGGAAUAUUCUUUUGUCCUGCUCAUAUUAUCUUAAACCCAUUUCUUUAAUAUAAAUCUUUGUUCGCAAGAAACUAAACCAUGGCUCUUGAAACUAUGACAUUGUCUUUAUCUAGUUCUGCCAUGUUAUCAUCAGGUGUUGUUGAAGAUGAUAAGAAGCAAGAGGCUAUUGUUUUCCCUAAAUUUGUUUUGAUGGGUCAUAGAGGAUUUGGGAUGAACAUGCUUCAAUCUCCGGACGAGAAAAUGAAAUUUAUCAAAGAAAAUUCUCUUCUUUCUUUUAAUGUUGCUGCAGAUUUUCCUAUUGACUUCAUUGAGUUUGAUGUCCAGGUAACUAGAGAUGGUUGCCCUGUAAUUUUCCAUGAUAUCUUCAUGUUCACGCAAGAACAGGGAGUGAUUAUUGAGAAAAGAGUAACGGAAAUGGAUUUACAUGAAUUUCUCUCAUAUGGACCACAAAGGGAUGGUACAAAUGUGAAGCCUAUGUGGAGGAAGACAAAAGAUGGUAGAAUUUUCGAGUGGAAAGUCGAAAAGGAUGAUCCUUUGUGUACCCUUGAAGAUGCUUUCCUAAAUGUUAAACACUCACUCGGAUUCAAUAUCGAGCUCAAAUUCGAUGAUAAUACCGUAUAUGGAGAAGGAGAGUUACGUCAAACUCUUGACAACAUCUUGACGGUUGUAAAUGAACAUUCCAAGAACCGGCCUAUUAUAUUCUCGAGCUUUCAUCCUGACGCGGCUCGACUCAUCAGGAAUAUGCAAAGGUGUUAUCCUGUAUUCUUCUUAACAAAUGGAGGAUGUGAAAUCUAUAAGGAUGUGAGAAGGAACUCAUUAGACGAGGCCAUCAAGCUUUGCAAAGAAAGCGGUUUGCAAGGGCUUGUCUCUGAGGUUAAGGCCAUAUUAAGAACCCCAAACGCAAUCACACGAGUCAAAGAUUCAAAACUUUCACUUCUAUCUUAUGGCCAGCUUAAGUAAAAUCCUCCCGAGUUUAAUAUUGUUGUCAUUUCUCUCUCGCCUCAACUUUUUUUCCUCUGAAACAAUCCUUUUUGAUUACUUUCAGCAAUGUGGUAGAGGUGAUUUACUUGCAAUAUCUGAUGGGUGUGGAGGGAGUGAUUGUUGAUAUGGUCAAGGACAUCUCCGAAGCCAUUGCGAAUAUCGAAGUUACAAACGAGGAUGAUUGUGAAGGUGAGGAUGAAAGAAAGUGUCUGAUUAGGUUUGGAGAGGAGAGGAAAAAAGUGGAAAUUACUAAGGAUAUGAUCACUUUGUUAAAUAAGUUCGUACCAAAACUGCUUUAACAAUGAAGAUUUCGCUUCAUUUACACACUUUCGCUUACUUGUAAAUAAGACUACUUACUAACUUAGGCCGUUUAAAUAGUUUUUAUAUGUAUAUUUUUGUGGUCGAUUACUAAUCAGCUGCACAUGAGACUAGUCUCCGCGGAGUUUGUGCGAAAAGACAAAGUGAUGUAUUACUCAGAAUUAGUAAUGAUCUAACGACCGAUUUGAAACGGAAAAUCCUAAAUCUGUAAGAAAAAAAAAAAGACAUUCAAAACAUGACAACCGG